UCCUCAAAGCUUCUCCUCAAAGCUCCCCCACGUAUUCUGGCUCUCUAUUCCCGUCGAAUACCGUCCGUGUAGGGUUGGUAUUUAUCGACAAGUGGGAUGGGAGUGCAAGUGCCCCAUUGCCGCUGUCAGAUCAGGCAAAAGAGGCCCAUGCUUUCGCCGGCUAUAGGACUAUGCCUGGAUGGGAUCUCGCUUCGGCAACUCGCAGGGGCGUAAGGGCUAGGGGCCAAACACUGUCGAGUGGUGAAGUGAGAAAUGUCGCUGGAGGCAUUAAAUACCAAUUGAUCGGCAUUUCCAACGGUCGCGGGUUCCGGGGCAGCCGCUUUAGCCCAGUGUGUGUUGUCGUCGAGACUGGUAGGAUGGGGCAUGCGUGGUUCCGCUGCAGGUUGGGCACCCAAGAUGGCUGCAUUCUGGUAAUGUAUUGGAUCUUUCAUGUGCGCUUGACAGAUUGGAAAGUGGGUGGGAUUGUUGAAGUCCCUGUGGGAGGGGUGCUUAAGGUUUCAAGAGACGACAAGGGGCAGAAUACCAGAGCCACGGACAAGUCAUGCAUCCAUGACUUCAUCCAUGGGAAAGUUGAAGACCAUGCUCGUCGCUUUCGCCGACCGGGGUUACCUCAACAGGAAGCUGUACGGUUUCGGCAGCCAAGACGCCAGUCGCCGAGAGGAGAGCUGUGACAACCGCAAGUUCAGCUGGAGAGACGGUGGAUGGAUAACAGUCAGCGCUGAUGCAAACGAGGGGGAGCCUGCGUUGGGAGCUGGCUGCAUCCAUCUGCAUGGUGUCUUUGACCCUUGUUGAUCGAACCCCAGAGGGACGAGCGCACCAACGUCUUGUAACUAGUCACAUUGCUACACAGACAUACAUGGAUGCAGUAGUUGACUGAGAUAUUUUCAUUUCUGGGAUCGACUGGACAAUCCCAUGUCCACAUA